ACACUCAUUUGGGUUCUCACAUUUCGACCUUUAGUGAAAGAAUCAAGCAAUAGACCAUUUCCCAAAUGCAUAUUUAAACCCUUAAUACCCAGCUGUCCCAUGGAAGCCAAAGCACUUAACUAAUUGUAAGUUGUAGCACAAAAAGCAUGGCUACCACCACCAGCCAAAGUACAGCACCCAGCAACAGCACCACCGCUGCCGCCGCCAUUUGCUUCUUCAAGUAUCUUCAUUCGCUGUCCCAAACACCCCACAGGCUUAGGAGGAGAAUGCUUGCAACGUGGACCCCAGACGAAGAGCUGAACCAAGUGAGGCAAAGGUCAGGGGCAGACAUGAAAAGGAAACUCAAGUGGUAUGAUCUGGUGGCCCUUGGCGUUGGGGGAAUGCUUGGUGUUGGAGUCUUUGUCACAACUGGCCCUGUCGCCCGUCAGACUGCUGGCCCUUCCGUGUUCAUUUCCUAUAUCGUUGCAGGAAUAUCAGCCCUACUUUCUUCCUUGUGUUACGCUGAAUUUUCUGUCCAAAUCCCAGUUGCCGGUGGUGCCUUUAGUUAUAUCCGAUUGACCUUCGGAGAAUUUGUUGGUUACUUUGCUGGGGCUAAUAUACUCAUGGAGUACGUAUUGUCGAACGCGGCUGUUGCCAGAAGCUUUACUGAGUAUUUAUCCUCUGCAUUUGGAGAAAAUCCAAGGACGUGGAGGGUAGAAGUGAAUGGUUUGGUAAAGGGAUAUGAUAUGUUGGACUUCCCGGCUGUUGCUCUUAUUCUUCUUCUCACUCUCUGCCUUUGCCAUAGCACAAAGGAAAGCUCCCUCUUGAACCUAGUUAUGACAGUCUUCCAUGUAGUUUUCUUUGGAUUUAUUAUAAUUGCUGGCUUCUGCAAUGGGACUUCCAAAAACUUGGUGAAGCCUAAAGGAAUUGCGCCGUAUGGUGUUAGAGGUGUUCUUGAUGGGGCAGCUAGGGUUUACUUCAGCUAUAUCGGCUAUGACUCGGCUUCAACCAUGGCGGAAGAGAUCCAAAACCCUUUGACGAGCUUGCCAGUUGGAAUCAUUGGUUCCGUUGUCAUCACCUCUGUGCUCUAUUGCCUCAUGGCCUUGUCCUUGUGUUUGAUGGUUCCUUACAACAAGAUAACAGAGAAUGUGGCAUUUUCAAAUGCAUUCAAAGAGAUUGGUUGGGAAUGGGCAAGCAAUGUGGUAGGGGCAGGUGCAAGCUUGGGGAUUGUUGCUUCACUUUUAGUAGCAAUGUUAGGCCAAGCAAGGUACCUUUGUGUCAUUGGAAGGGCCCGGCUGGUGCCCUCAUGGUUAGCCAAGGUCCAUCCUUCAACAGGCACUCCAUUGAAUGCCACCCUUUUCUUGGGACUUUGUACAGCAUCAAUUGCGCUCUUCACCGACCUCGAAAUAGUGAUUGAAAUGAUCUCCAUCGGCACGCUCUUGGUGUUCUACCUUGUGGCCAAUGCUCUCAUUUACCGGCGAUACGUGAUCAUCAGCAAAAACUCUCCAUUUCAAACUCUCUUGUUCCUCUUCCUCCUCUCGUCUAGUGCUAUUGGCUUUUCCAUGUCAUUGAAGUUUAAGCGACAACGGUGGGGACCACCACUUUUCGGGUUGUCUACAAUCAUCAUCAUUUCCUUCUUCAACUACGCAGUUCCUUGUGUUCGCCAUCAUAUAGGGUGGUCAAUGCCAUUCAUGCCAUGGCCUGCUGCACUGGCCAUCUUCCUUAAUGUGUUCCUCAUGACCACGCUGAAGAAGUUCUCGUUCGAACGGUUUGCUUUAUGGUCAUGUUUCAUAACAUUGUUCUAUCUGUUCUAUGGUGUUCACUCAACUUAUCAGGCAGAGAAGAUGGGGAGCAGUGAGAAUAAAGUGAAUCCAAGCUCAGCUGUGCAGCAAACUAAGCUAGACAAUAUGCAAGUACUUUGA